AUGUCUCCGAAGCUCUUUGUUAUAUUUUACCGACCACGGUAUGGAAACUUUCUACACUGGGCGUUGCAUAUUGAGAAUGGCCAAGAUCACCACAUUCUCGAAGUUGAUGGCGAGCAUCCACAAUUCAAACGCAACACGUUUAUGGAGGAUCCGAAGGAAUCAAGCACUUUCUUACGCCAGUUCUUUGUUGCUGUGCUUAGGGAGGACGAUGUUGAGAGAGUGAAGAGUGCUGCACAAAGCGUGCCUGUGGACAACGAGACGGUUGAGUGGGAUUGUCAGGAUUAUGUGCUCGAGAUCCUUGAUAAACUACAAGAGGAUCUCAUCUUGGACAAAGAUGACGAGGAUUACAUGGAUGUAAGGGAGAUAUUGAUGGAAGAGAGAGGAAUGGUUUGA